CCUUUACUGCAGAGCCGGAAAGGGUGUGGGGAGGAGAGGAGAGGGAGGCAGGUCUUGGGCCCUGGUCCCGCCCCCUGCUCCUCCCCACCCUUCUCUGGGCCUGGCCACCCAGCCAAAAGGCAGGCCAAGAGCAGGAGAGGCACAGAGUCCGGCAUUGGUCCCAGGCAGCAGUUACCCCGCCGCCCGCCUGUGUGUCCCCAGAGCCAUGGAGAGAGCCAGUCUGAUCCAGAAGGCCAAGCUGGCAGAGCAGGCCGAACGUUAUGAGGACAUGGCAGCCUUCAUGAAGGGCGCCGUGGAGAAAGGUGAGGAGCUCUCCUGCGAAGAGCGAAACCUGCUCUCAGUAGCCUACAAGAAUGUGGUGGGCGGCCAGAGGGCUGCCUGGAGGGUCCUGUCCAGUAUUGAGCAGAAAAGCAAUGAGGAGGGCUCGGAGGAGAAGGGCCCCGAGGUGCGUGAGUACCGGGAGAAGGUGGAGACUGAGCUCCGGGGCGUGUGCGACACCGUGCUGGGCCUGCUGGACAGCCAUCUCAUCAAGGAGGCUGGGGACGCGGAGAGCAGGGUCUUCUACCUGAAGAUGAAGGGCGACUACUACCGCUACUUGGCCGAGGUGGCCACUGGUGACGACAAGAAGCGCAUCAUCGACUCAGCCCGGUCAGCCUACCAGGAGGCCAUGGACAUCAGCAAGAAGGAGAUGCCGCCCACCAACCCCAUCCGCCUGGGCCUGGCCCUGAACUUUUCCGUCUUCCACUACGAGAUCGCCAACAGCCCCGAGGAGGCCAUCUCGCUGGCCAAGACCACUUUCGAUGAGGCCAUGGCUGAUCUGCACACCCUCAGCGAGGACUCCUACAAAGACAGCACCCUCAUCAUGCAGCUGCUGCGAGACAACCUGACGCUGUGGACGGCCGACAACGCCGGGGAAGAGGGGGGCGAGGCUCCCCAGGAGCCCCAGAGCUGAGUGUUGCCCACCACCGCCCCGCCCUGCCCUGCCCCCUUCAGUCCCCCACCCUGCCGAGAGGACUAAUAUGGGGUGGGAGGCCCCACCCUUCUCCCCCAGGCGCUGUUCUUACUCCAAACGGCUCCGUGGAGAGGGACUGGCAGAGCUGAGGCCACCUGGGGCUGGGGAUCCCACUCUUCUUGCAGCUGUUGAGCGCACCUAACCACUGGUCAUGACCCCAGCCCUGCUCUCCGCACCGCUUCCUCCCGACCCCAGGACCAGGCUACUUCUCCUCUCCCUCUUGCCUCACUCCUGCCCCUGCUGCCUCUGGUCGUAGGAAUUGAGGAAUGUCCCGCCUUGUGGCUGAGAACUGGACAGUGGCAGGGGCUGGAGAUGGGUGUGUGUGUGUGUGCGCGCGCGCGCGCGCCAGUGCAAGACCGACAUUGAAGGAAAGCAUGUCUGCUGGGUGUGACCAUGUUUCCUCUCAAUAAAGUUCCCCUGUGACACUC